GAUUGCAUAAUUUGGAUAAAGCUGCAAGUUAUCUGUCUCUCCAAGAAUAUUGGAAAGUACCUGAAGAUGUUGGACUUAUAACAGCAUUCUUGGAUCCACGAAUAAAAAGUUUGAAGUUUCUUGGUAAUACAACCCUAAAGAUAACUACAAUUAACAAAGUACGAAGACUUUGUAUUGAAGAAGAGCACUGCCAACCUUCAAUUGAAGAAUUUUCCAGAAACGAAUCAUUUAAUAUAUCAACAUCUGAAAUCGUGACAUCAAAUAAUUUAAUGGCAGCUCUAUAUAGAGACAAGGAAUCAGAUGAUGAAGAUUUUGAAGAGAAUGAACUCGAUCGUUACCUUCUUGAACCUAAUGAAAAAAGAAGCUGCGACCCCUUAACAUGGUGA